AUGUGCUGCUCCCCUUGCUGCCAGCCCACCUGCUGUGGUUCCAGCUGUUGUGGGUCAGGCUGCUGCCAACCUUGCAGCUGCCCAACCUGCUGUCAGACCACCUGCUGUAGGACCACCUGCUGGCACCCCUGCUGUGCAUCCAGCUGCUGCCAGCCUUGCUGCCGCCCCUGCUGUGUGUCCAGCUGCUGCCAGCCUUGCUGCUGCCAGCCUUGCUGCCGCCCAACCUGCUGUCAGACCACCUGCUGCAGGACCACCUGCUGCCGCCCUUGCUGCCGCCCUUGCUGCGUGUCCAGCUGCUGCCAGCCUUGCUGCCGCCCUUGCUGUGUGAGCAGCUGCUGCCGGCCCAGCUGCUGUGGGUCCAGCUGCUGCCAGCCUUGCUGCCGUCCCAGUUGCUGCGGCACACCCUGCUGCCAGCCAGUUUGCUGUUGUCCCGUGUACGUCCAGAGAACCUGCUACCACCCCACGUGCUGCUGCGUGCCUGGCUGCAUAGCGUAUGGCGGGUCCAGCUGCUGCCAGCCUUGCUGCUGUGGGUCCAGCUGCUGCCAGCCUUGCUGCCGUCCCAGUUGCUGCGGCACACCCUGCUGCCAGCCAGUUUGCUGUUGUCCCGUGUACGUCCAGAGAACCUGCUACCACCCCACAUGCUGCUGCGUGCCUGGCUGCAUAGCGUAUGGCGGGUCCAGCUGCUGCCAGCCUUGCUGCUGCUGA